CAGAGAUUGGUCAGCUAUGCUGUCUAUCAUCCUGGAAGGUAUACACAGGAAGGCCAGCCUCGGCGGGCAGGACCUAGCCUGAAAGGGCGGGCAUUGCUAAUGUGUUUUCAAAAGGUCUUCCCAAUCCUCUACUCUAGACAGAUCGGACCUUAGAUAGAAGAACACAACGGAUCCUCCAGUGACUGACGAUCCAAAGGACGGAUGAUGUCACGGUCAUCUGGAUCAGGAGAUGAGAGUGAUGAUGAGGCUACUACCUCUAAAGACGGUGGUUUUUCUUCCCCCAGUCCCUCAGCUGCUGCUGCUGCUCAGGAGGUCAGAUCUGCCACUGAUGGUAAUACCAGCACCACUCCGCCCACCUCUGCCAAGAAGAGAAAGUUAAACAGCAGCAGCAGUAGCAGCAGUAACAGUAGUAACGAGAGAGAAGACUUUGAUUCCACCUCUUCCUCCUCUUCCACUCCUCCUUUACAACCCAGGGAUUCGGCAUCCCCUUCAACCUCGUCCUUCUGCCUGGGGGUUUCAGUGGCUGCUUCCAGCCACGUACCGAUACAGAAGAAGCUGCGUUUUGAAGACACCCUGGAGUUUGUAGGGUUUGAUGCGAAGAUGGCUGAGGAAUCCUCCUCCUCCUCCUCCUCAUCUUCACCAACUGCUGCAACAUCUCAGCAGCAGCAACUUAAAAAUAAGAGUAUAUUAAUCUCUUCUGUGGCUUCGGUGCAUCAUGCAAACGGCCUAGCCAAAUCUUCUACCACCGUCUCUAGCUUUGCUAACAGCAAGCCUGGCUCUGCUAAGAAGUUAGUGAUCAAGAACUUUAAAGAUAAGCCUAAAUUACCAGAAAACUACACAGAUGAAACCUGGCAAAAACUGAAAGAAGCAGUGGAAGCUAUUCAGAAUAGUACUUCAAUUAAGUACAAUUUAGAAGAACUCUACCAGUUGUGUUACCUACCCAUAGGAAAGGCCUCAAGACAUGCAGAUAUUAUUCUGUUCCUUUGGAUUGUUCUCAGAAAGAUUAUUUUGAGAUGUUCAAGUUCAAACAGGAGGAUAAAGGAGGCUGUAGAAAAUCUCUGUUCUUACAAGAUUUCUGCAAACUUGUACAAACAGCUGAGACAGAUCUGUGAAGAUCACAUCAAAGCACAGAUUCAUCAAUUCAGAGAGGAUUCAUUGGAUAGCGUUCUUUUUUUAAAGAAGAUUGAUAGAUGCUGGCAAAACCAUUGCAGACAAAUGAUCAUGAUUAGGAGCAUUUUUUUGUUUCUGGAUAGAACUUACGUUCUUCAGAAUUCAAUGCUACCCUCCAUUUGGGACAUGGGACUGGAGUUAUUUAGGGCUCAUAUUAUAAGUGAUCAGAAAGUGCAGAAUAAGACAAUUGAUGGCAUUCUUCUCUUGAUUGAGAGGGAAAGGAAUGGUGAAGCAAUUGAUAGAAGUUUACUUCGAAGCCUUUUAAGCAUGCUGUCUGAUUUGCAAAUUUAUCAAGAUUCUUUUGAACAACGAUUUUUGGAAGAAACUAACCGGCUCUAUGCAGCUGAAGGCCAAAAAUUAAUGCAAGAAAGAGAGGUUCCUGAAUAUCUACAUCAUGUUAACAAACGUUUAGAAGAAGAAGCAGACAGACUUAUUACUUACUUAGAUCAGACCACCCAGAAGUCAUUAAUUGCUACUGUAGAAAAACAACUUCUAGGUGAACACUUAACAGCAAUUCUUCAGAAAGGUUUAAAUAACCUCCUUGAUGAAAACCGAAUUCAAGAUUUGUCUCUUCUGUAUCAGCUCUUCAGUAGAGUUCGAGGUGGAGUUCAGGUUCUUUUGCAGCAGUGGAUCGAAUAUAUCAAGGCAUUUGGCAGCACUAUUGUAAUUAAUCCUGAAAAAGAUAAAACCAUGGUUCAAGAAUUGCUGGAUUUUAAAGAUAAGGUUGACCAUAUAAUUGAUAUCUGCUUUCUGAAGAAUGAGAAAUUUAUUAAUGCCAUGAAAGAAGCAUUUGAAACGUUCAUUAACAAAAGACCAAAUAAACCAGCUGAACUUAUAGCUAAGUAUGUAGAUUCAAAACUUCGUGCAGGCAACAAAGAAGCUACAGAUGAAGAGCUUGAGAAAAUGUUGGAUAAAAUUAUGAUCAUAUUUAGAUUUAUCUAUGGCAAGGAUGUUUUUGAGGCCUUCUAUAAGAAAGAUUUAGCCAAGCGCCUGUUAGUCGGGAAGAGUGCAUCUGUAGAUGCUGAAAAAUCAAUGCUGUCCAAACUUAAACAUGAAUGCGGAGCUGCUUUCACCAGUAAACUUGAAGGAAUGUUUAAAGACAUGGAACUUUCUAAAGACAUCAUGAUUCAGUUCAAACAGGUAAAAUAUAUGCAGAAUCAGAAUGUUCCGGGAAAUAUUGAAUUAACUGUGAAUAUCCUGACAAUGGGCUAUUGGCCAACAUAUGUGCCUAUGGAAGUUCAUUUACCACCAGAGAUGGUAAAACUUCAGGAGAUUUUCAAGACAUUUUACCUAGGCAAACAUAGUGGCAGGAAGCUUCAGUGGCAGUCAACCCUAGGACACUGUGUGUUAAAAGCAGAAUUUAAAGAGGGUAAAAAGGAACUCCAGGUCUCUCUUUUUCAAACACUGGUGCUGCUAAUGUUUAAUGAGGGAGAGGAGUUCAGUUUAGAAGAGAUCAAGCAGGCAACUGGAAUAGAGGAUGGAGAGUUAAGGAGAACACUGCAGUCAUUAGCCUGUGGCAAAGCUAGAGUUCUGGCAAAAAAUCCAAAGGGCAAAGAUAUUGAAGAUGGUGACAAGUUCAUUUGUAAUGAUGAUUUCAAACAUAAACUUUUCAGGAUAAAGAUCAAUCAAAUCCAGAUGAAAGAAACGGUUGAAGAACAAGCAAGCACUACAGAAAGAGUAUUUCAAGAUAGACAGUAUCAAAUUGAUGCUGCAAUUGUUCGAAUUAUGAAGAUGAGAAAGACACUUAGCCACAAUCUCCUUGUUUCAGAAGUGUACAACCAGUUGAAAUUUCCAGUUAAGCCUGCUGAUCUUAAGAAGAGAAUAGAAUCUUUAAUUGACCGGGACUACAUGGAAAGAGAUAAAGAAAAUCCCAACCAGUACAACUAUAUUGCAUAGAAUGUUGGCCUUGCAGCAUUUGGUGUCAUAUGCAGUAGCCAGUGGAUAAACUAACCUGUUGAUUCAA